GGUGGGAGGAGAGCCAGGUGGGAGGGUGGCGACUCACUCAGGACCCAGUGGGGGCAGCGCGAUGAGGCGGGUGACCCUGUUCCUUAACGGCAGCCCCAAGAAUGGAAAGGUGGUCGCUGUAUAUGGAACUUUAUCCGACUUGCUUUCUGUGGCCAGCAGUAAACUCGGCAUAAAAGCCACUAGUGUGUAUAAUGGGAAAGGAGGACUGAUUGAUGAUAUUGCUUUGAUCAGGGAUGAUGAUGUUUUGUUUGUGUGUGAAGGAGAGCCAUUCAUCGACCCUCAGACAGAGUCUAAACCACCCGAAGGGCUGUCAGGCUCUCACACGGACUGGCUCACCCUGAACGUUGGGGGGCGGUACUUCACCACCACGCGGAGCACCCUAGUGAGUAAAGAGCCCGACAGUAUGCUGGCGCACAUGUUCAAGGACAAAGGUGCCUGGGGAAAUAAGCAAGAUCACAGAGGAGCUUUCUUAAUUGACCGAAGCCCUGAGUACUUUGAACCCAUUUUGAACUACUUGCGUCACGGACAGCUCAUUGUAAACGAUGGCAUUAAUUUACUGGGUGUGUUAGAAGAAGCCAGAUUUUUUGGUAUCGACUCACUGAUUGAACAGCUAGAAGUGGCCAUAAAGAAUUCUCAACCACCAGAGGAUCAUUCACCAAUAUCUCGAAAGGAAUUUGUCCGAUUUCUGCUAGCCACUCCAACCAAAUCGGAAUUGCGAUGCCAGGGUUUAAACUUCAGUGGUGCUGAUCUUUCUCGUUUGGACCUUCGAUACAUUAACUUCAAAAUGGCCAAUUUAAGCCGCUGCAAUCUCGCGCAUGCCAACCUCUGCUGUGCAAACCUUGAGCGAGCUGAUCUCUCCGGAUCAGUGCUUGACUGUGCAAAUCUCCAGGGAGUCAAGAUGCUCUGCUCUAACGCAGAAGGGGCCUCCCUGAAACAGUGUAAUUUUGAAGAUCCUUCUGGUCUUAAAGCCAAUUUAGAAGGUGCUAAUCUAAAAGGCGUAGAUAUGGAAGGAAGUCAAAUGACAGGAAUUAACCUACGAGUUGCAACCUUAAAAAAUGCAAAGUUGAAGAACUGUAAUCUCCGAGGAGCCACUCUGGCAGGAACUGAUUUAGAGAACUGCGACCUGUCCGGGUGUGACCUGCAGGAGGCCAACCUGCGAGGGUCCAACGUGAAGGGCGCUAUCUUUGAAGAGAUGCUGACGCCGCUACACAUGUCGCAAAGUGUCAGAUGAGAAUCUCAGGGCUGCAGGGAGAAGCUGAAGACAAAAAAUGUUUUCCUUAUCACUUUUAUUUCUCUGCUCAGCUGUCUAGAAGAAAUAACACUGUAAGGAAAUUAAAAGGAAAAACAUUUAGAGGAUUAUGCCUGUUCUCAGCGCUGCACAGGGAAAAAAGUGACUUUUUCCCAUGUUUUGACUUUCCCAGAGAAGCACUCAUUCAAUAGACGUAGGGAAGCUCGAUUAGGGUGCUGCCUUCCGAGUGGAGUAGGGGUUUGCCUGGCUUUGUGACCAGGAAUAGUAUCUAUUAUAUUCGCUUUUAAAUAGGCAUGAUGUGGAAAUACUAUACCAUCUUGGCUUGAAAUUUGAGGAUUUUAAUUUAUGAGAAGCACAACGUAUACAAUUGUAUUUAUUGAGCCUCAAGAGGUAUAUGGAUAUUUAAAUUGUGAACCUUCAUGAACAUUUUCAAGAGGUUGUUCAGGUUUGUGAGAAGCUGUAGCGAUGGCUCGCCGGCUUUACCCGCCACACCGUGCGAACUCGGUGGCGCCCAACGCCCCGAGGCUUGCACUUGGGAUUCCUUUUUAUACGGUUUAUUUUUUAAAAACAAAAUAGUAGCUAAAUUAAAGAAAUCCUCCAUUCCUGCUGACGGAGACAGUCGAAAGAAAGGUAUCACCGUCCGUGAUGCUCCGCUGAGGUCCCAGUGGGCCUCGGGGUGGGGCUUUUAGGCGAGCUCUCCUUCGGGUUUCCUUCUCAGUGAGUUCCACUCAGCACCAGGCCAGGCAGGUUUAUUUACUGACGCUGCUGGCCUCCUUUCCUCCUGUGUAGUCAAAACCAGCACAGGAAGAUACCGCAAAAGCAAAAACCCAAGGUGCGUUACUAAUAUUUAUUUUAAUGGCCAAAUAGUUUAAGCAGGACCAGCUUAAAAACAGAUAUAAAUGUCAGUCCACUGCAGCGGAGCUGUAGAAUGGUUAUGGAUAGGACAAAGUCCCCUCAGGAGGCACCACAAUUAAUCGCAGCUAAACCUGUACAGUGUGGAAUGGGGGAUUUUAAACUGACUGUUUGAUCAUAGCCACCAAAAAAAAACAUAAAUAGAAACAAGCAUUUGGCUGGUCCAAAAUGUGAUACCCAUCCGUCAGCACCUGUGGUUCUUGUACGUAUGUUCUCUGGUUUGGUUUGGUUUGGUUUGGUUUGAAUGUGUGUCAGCCCGAUGUUCCUGGUCAUUCUGUCUCGGCCGCAGCAGAGACAGGGCCUGUCCUUCCUGACCAGGUAACCGUGUCCUUUCCUCUCCCCCAAGAGCAGGAUAUAAGCUGUGUCCAAACGGGUUCUCAGUUCUCCAGACCCAUCUGGUUGAGACAGUGAAUAGUUAAAAACCAUUUUGUCUCCUUCGGGAGGAUGGCAUGUCUUUACUGUUUAUGUAGCUCGUCUUCUAUAUACACAUAUGCAAAGCUUUCCUUCCAGGGAAGGGUAUAUACGCAUGGUGGGAGGAGGUCAGACCUUUACAGGCCAAGGGAAGCAAUUUCAGCAAUGAAUUAUUUUCUUUGCUUUAUUAUUUUUACCAAAACAGAGAAGUAUUGUAUUAAGAGAUAUCUAUUUUCAUAAUCAAUAUGUGCCUAAAUUAUAUUUAAAUCAUUUCACUCUGUACUAUAUUUUCAAUAAUUAUAGAACAUGUUCAUCCACUGAAGGGUACCUCUGUAUACAUAACCGAAGAGUGCAGAAGAAUCUGAAAGAGCUAAACGUGUUCUCAGAAACUGCAGGGUCUGGUCUCAUGUAUACUGCAUUAA